UGCCCGAGGGCCAUAAUCUACACAACAAGGCGUAACACAACACACCACACAAAUAAGCCACCUGCUUAUAUCCCCGUAUAAAAGUGAAAGUGUAGAUUCACUUGCAAACUGUCAUAAGUAAACGUGAUGUUCUGAGGAAUCUUAAGAUGGCACUGGUGGAGCUUUUAGGAGAGAAACUGCAGAAGAAAGCAGGAGAGGAGGAGACGGUGGACACGAGUACUCUGGCGGGAGAGGGGCGGUACGUGGGGCUGUACUUCUCCGCCUUGUGGUGUCCGCCAUGUCACGGCUUCACCCCGAAUCUCGUCCGCUUCUACCAGAACUUCAAGCAGACGGCCGACAAGGCGAAGGCGUUUGAGGUGGUGCUGGUUUCAGACGACACGGAUGACGACGCGUUCGUGCAACACUUCGGCCGGAUGCCGUGGCUGGCCCUGCCGUACUCAGAACGAGAAAAGAAGAAGGACCUGUGCAAGAAGUACGAGGUUUUCGGCUACCCGAUGUUGGUUCUGCUGGACGCCUCGAACGGUGAGCUCAUCACCUGGAAAGCCCGAGACCGUAUCAGGGAGGAUCCCGAGGGCAAGGACUUUCCAUGGAAGAAAUAGACGACUGGAAGAUUCGAAGCUCCUCGUUCUAACCAUAUCUUACGGAAUCCGUGUACACAUGCAAAUCUAUAUGUCUGACUUUUAGGUUCAACCAAAGAAACCAGCUUUUGCAUAACAUGCAAAUGUCCUGAAUAAAGAGACUCUUUUUACACAACCACUGUUUUAUUCAAACCGACGUUUCGGUGACUGUCUGUCACCUUCUU